CAUUGCUUUUCUCUGCUCUGGAUUUAACUAAAAUAAAUAAAUUAAUGUUGGUGUCGUUGUUUGCUUGUAUGUUAAUGUGCACAUUGUUACGUGCUGUGUGGUGUUGUAUGUUAGUAGUUAUUAUUAUUUCCGAUUUGCACUUUAGCGAUGUCCGACAUAUUAUCGACUUGCUGUCGCCUCUGCUUAUCAUCUAAGGACUUGAGGUGGAUAUUUGUCGAAGAACCUUCAGAACUUCGGUCCAACUUACUGUAUUUAGCAACUGGAGUAAAGAUUCUUCCAGACGAUGGUCUUACCCAAAAAAUAUGUAAGUUCUGCACAAUUUUGGUGAAUCAAUCGUUAAAACUACGCAAUAAAAGUAAAAAAACAGACGCAGAACUAAGGAAACUAGUCGGUGAAAGUAUCUCAGAUUCAGACAUUCAAUUAGAAGAAGAGCAUGAUCAAUUUACAUCAAAAUCUACACAGAAGAAAUCUAAAUUAUUUGACGAUUCAAAAACAAAUCAGUUGUUCGAUGUACUUAGUUGGAAUCACGAUAUCAAAAGCAACAUUAAAAAUAAGAAUACUAAAGAACUCUCACACUCAACAAAAAUUAAAUCACGAACGUCAAAACGAAAACGGCUAAAACUCAGCGAUUUACCACAAAAUACGAAGCUGGUUCAGAAGCUAAACGAAGAAGUGAACAAUGAUUACAUACCUACAUCCGUAGAUAUAACUGAGUCAGAAUUAACGUACUAUGAAUCAUCAGAAGAUGAUGCAAAUUGCAACGUAUUAAGCAAAUCAAAGGAUACUGAAGUUAGGACGAGGCCUAGGAGACCAAAGGAAGUAAUAGAAAAAUAUAUGGCGUUAGCAGUCCAGCCGAUACCAAACGAGGGGCCAGUGGAAUGUAACCUGUGUGGGACGGUGAUCAAGUAUAAAAAGUUCUUUGUCAACCAUGCGAGGACUCACUUCGAACCGGAGUACCCGUGUGAU